AUGGAAUAUCUCCAUACCUUCAAGGUAGAAAAUAUCACAGAAGUCCAAACCUUAACUGCAGUUUUCCUCGAAGCUUCAAUUCACUCUUUUUAUACACCAGAGGUCUUACCUCUCAAGCUUUCACCAACCAUACUUUAUUUGGUGUCAACAUUAAAUGUGCAACAUAUAGAUAUCAUCACCAUUCAGUAUCUGAGCCAGGAGUUUCUUAUAGAAAAAGAGACGAAACCAUAG